AUGAGACCCUCAGCCACACCAAUCCUCCUUCCAACCACAGCCAUCCAUGCUCCUGGGACCAACCAGAGCGGGGCUGUGGGACAACCCGAGCCGUCCUACACUGUCCUCAAGUUCAUGGAGAGCUUCUGCCUGCUGAGCGCUGCCUGCGGGAUGGUGGGGAACGGCCUGGUCCUGUGGUACCUGGGCUUCCGCAUCCGCAGGAACCACUUCACCGUCUACAUCCUGAACCUGGCGGCCGCCGACUUCGGGUACCUGCUGUGCAUCGCCGUGGAGACUGUGCAGUACCUGAUGCAGUUCAACGUGGGGGUGCAGUUUGGGAUAUUCCUCUUCCUGGAUCUCUUCAUGUACGGCACAGGCCUGUACCUGCUGACGGCCAUCAGCAUUGAGCGCUGCCUGUCCGUGCUGUCCCCCAUCUGGUGCCGGACACACCGCCCGAAGCACCUGUCUGCCGUGGUGUCCGGCCUGCUCUGGACACUGUCCCUGCUCCUGAACACUCUGGGAUAUGUUUUGUGCACCGUUCGCCCCUCUCCCAGGGUCUGCCAGCGCCUGCUCAUCGCCAUCGGAGCCUUGGAUUUCCUGGUCUGCGCGCCCCUCAUGCUGCUCUUCAGCCUCACCCUCUUCCUGCGGGUCAAGUGCAGUUCCCAGCCCUUCCAAACGGGCCGGCUCUUCACCAUCAUCAUGCUCACCAUCCUCCUCUUCCUCAUUUUCGCUGUGCCCCUCAGUGUCCUCAUCCUCCUGGACUUCUUGGGCCACAAGUUCAUGUAUUCCCCAGAGAUUGGCUUUGUGCUGUCCUGUGUCAACAGCACCCUCAACCCCGUCAUUUACUUCCUGGUGGGAAGCUACAGGGAUCGGAAAUUCAGGCUCACCCUUAGGCUGGCAUUCCAGAGGGCCUUCCAAGACUCAGCGGAUGAGAGAGAUGAGCGGGAAACGCGGGACACGGUAACCAUGUCCUCCUAA